GGUGGUGGGCAGGUAAUGGGCGGAUCCUGCAGGCGCUGUUGCUUAAAUCUCAUCAUAUUUCACUUGUCUAAACAUUUGGUUUGGUUGUAAGCAACUGUGCACAGAAUGUCUCAAGGAUCGAAGGCCAAACGGGCCCGUUUAUCGGGGGAAAAUGCUCCCAGAAACGGUGGAGAUUCCGAGGAGUUUUUUAAGGGUGUUGGCAAAAUUGAGUACAAACCCAACGCAGGGCCUACUGAUGUGCUGUGCUUUAAACAUUACAAUGCCAAGGAGGUCAUUAAUGGACGCACGAUGGAGGACUGGCUUCGAUUCUCCGUCGUUUACUGGCACACCUUCAGGGGAGUUGGACUAGAUCCCUUCGGAGCUCCAACCAUCAACAGACCCUGGGAUGAUGGAAGUGAGAGUGUGGAGAAUGCCAAGAGGCGUCUUCGCGUGGCCUUUGAGUUCUUCAGCAAGCUGGGUGUCAAGUACUGGACAUUUCAUGACAGGGACAUAUCACCCGAGGGGGCCACACUGGAGGAAACAAAUCGCAACCUUGAUGAGAUAACGGACCUCGCUAAGGAGCUGAUGGCGCAGACUGGAGUCAAGCUGCUGUGGAAUACAUGCAACCUGUUCUCACACCCAAGGUACAUGAAUGGUGCUGCAACAAACCCUGACGCGCACGUUGUUGCAUUCGCCGCUGCCCAGGUCAAGAAGGGACUUGAGGUGGGCAAGAAACUUGGCGCUGAAAACUUUGUCUUCUGGGGAGGUCGUGAGGGUUACAUGAGUCUUCUGAACACCGAUGUCUUAGCUGAACUCACCCAUGCAGCUAACUUCUUCAAAAUGGCAGUAGACUAUAAGAAGAAGAUCGGCUUUCAGGGACAGUUACUGAUUGAACCUAAACCCAAGGAGCCUACCAGACACCAGUAUGACUAUGAUGCAAUGACCGUUAUCGGAUUCCUGAAGCAUUUUGGGCUGGCUGAUGAUUUCAAGAUCAACGUCGAGCCCAACCACACCAUGCUGGCAGGCCACCCAUAUGAACACGACAUCGUCCUAGCUUCAAAGUUUGGAAUGCUGGGUUCUGUUGAUUCCAACACCGGUUCCCCUGACUUGGGAUGGGAUACCGACCAGUUCCCCAUGGACGUCAGAGACACCACUCUCGUCAUGAAGGCUGUUAUUGAGCAAGGUGGACUAGCUCCGGGAGGGCUCAACUUCGACGCCAAAGUCCGUCGCGAAUCAACCAACUUGCUGGAUAUGUUCAUCGCUCAUAUCGGUGCGAUGGAUUCCUUCGCAAGAGGUCUCCGCUGUGCUGCCAAGUUGGUUAGCGAAGGAGCCAUGGCAAAGAUGGUUGAGGAUCGUUACAGGAGCUUCACGGCAGGCAUUGGUGCAAAAAUUGCCAAGGGAACAGCUACACUGGAAGAGUGUGAGGUAUGGAAAAUACAAAUGAAUAACUAAAUUAUUUAACGUUUUGUAUCAA